AUGAGCGAACUCAAUAGUAUAGAAAGCCUCUCGACCCGAAAUGCUUGGUUUGUUGGAAAGGUGCAGUGCUUUAUUCAGCAUAAGCAGGAAAAUGAGGUUGCCUUCUUGGCAGUGAUUGAGGUGAUGGAGCAGCACAGUCUUGACAGUCAUGGUGUUCCUGUUGUGGUUGAAAACACAAAAGAUAAAGCCUAUCGCAAGAUUGCUGUGUGUGAUGUGACCGUCACUGUUGAAUGUGUUGGCCUUGUGCAGUACUCGGCUACAAAAAGUAAAUUCAAAGUCGUGUGGCCAAAAGCACAAUUUCAUAAAAAGCUUGACCGAAAACUUUGUGGCCAAACAACUGAUUACUAG